AUGAGCACCGGAGCCAAGAAGCGCAUCCUAAAGGAGUACGGCGAAUGCAUGGCUGACACCCCGCCGGGCAUGAAGAUCAAUUUUGACGAACAGAACAUGACCAAAUGGGAAGUGUUGAUGGAUGGUCCCGAGCAGUCUGCAUAUGCUGGCGGCCACUUCAAGCUCGAGAUUACAUUCCCAACCGAGUAUCCGUUCAAGCCGCCUGUGGUCAGCUUCCGGACCAAGAUCUACCAUCCCAACGUCAGUAACGACGACAAGGGCUCCAUGUGUUUGGGCCUGCUACGCGCGGACGAGUGGAAGCCGCCGAACAAGGUGGUUUCUGUGCUGCGCCUGAUCCAGACGCUGCUCAUUGAGCCUAACCCAGACGAUGCGAUUGAGCCGUCGAUUGCUAACGAGUACCGGGAGAACCGUCAGGAGUUUGACAAGAACGCAAAGGACUGGGUCAAGCGCUAUGCCAAAUGA